UGCAUCUUGCAUGUUGCAACCAGAAAGAAACUUUUCUAAUGGCUGCUUCUUCCUCUUCCUCGUCCAAUGAACUUCCAGAGUCAUGGCAAGUGUUCAUCAACUUCCGUGGGAUGGAACUACGCAACAACUUCGUCAGCCAUCUUGAGAGAGCUCUAACAGAGGCUGGAAUCAACUAUUACAUUGACAAUAAAGAGAUGCGGAGCGAAGAUCUCAAAGUCCUUUUCAAGAGAAUCCAGCAGUCACAGAUCGCGUUGGCCAUCUUCUCGAGCAUGUACACGGAAUCAAACUGGUGUUUGGACGAGCUCGUUGAGAUCAUGGAACAAGUGAAGAAAGGUCAACUCAAAAUCAUCCCUAUCUUCUUCAACGUGACCCCAGAGGAGGUUAAAGAUGAGGGAGGACAUUUCCGCUAUAUGAUGUAUAGAGAAAGUAGAAAGAAAGGAUCUGAUCUCCAGAAGUGGGAGAACGCGUUAGAGUCUGUUCCAAGCAAAAUGGGCUUGACAUUGAAGGAAUGUAAUGGGAGCGAGCGGUUGCUUGUUGAAAAGAUUGUUAAGUCGGUCAAAAAAGUCCUAGCUCAACUAGUAAGCAGACCAAAUGUUCUUCUCAUACACCUCCUUGUUCUCACCAUAGAACUUGACUUCAUUCUCAUUAGGCAGCACCAAGAUAUCAUCACCACAGACACCUGGCAAGUCAAAUGA